CCUAUUAAAUCCUACUGCUACUAAUCCAAUAGAAAUGGCUGUUUUCUCUAUUUCCAAGUUGUCACUUCUAAUCUUUUUCUCUAUCUCCCUCCUGGCCUGCACCUCAUUCGCUCGCGAUCAUUCGAUCGUGGGAUACUCUUCAGAUGACUUGACUUGCAUUGAUAAGCUCAUUAAUCUUUUUGAGCAUUGGAUGGAUAAACAUGGCAAGAUUUAUAAGAGCAUUGAAGAGAAGUUGCAUAGGUUUGAGAUUUUCAAGGAUAAUUUGAAGCAUAUUGAUGAGACGAAUAAGAUAGUUAGUAACUAUUGGCUUGGUCUAAAUGAGUUUGCUGAUUUGAGUCAUGAUGAGUUCAAGAAAAUGUAUUUAGGACUCAAAGUUGAUAAUGAAUUGCUUAACAAAAGAGAAAAAUCUCAGCAAGAAUUUGCAUACAGAGAUUUUGUGGAUUUGCCAAAGUCUGUUGAUUGGAGAAAGAAAGGUGCUGUCACUCCUGUUAAGAACCAGGGUCAAUGUGGUAGUUGUUGGGCAUUCUCAACAGUAGCGGCAGUAGAGGGAAUUAACCAAAUAAAGACAGGGAAUUUGACAUCGUUGUCGGAACAAGAGCUCAUAGACUGUGACACAACAUACAACAAUGGUUGCAAUGGAGGCCUAAUGGAUUAUGCUUUUCAAUUCAUCAUCUCUAAUGGAGGUCUUCAUAAAGAAGAUGAUUAUCCUUACCUUAUGGAAGAAGGAACUUGUGAUGAAAAAAGAGAUGAAUCUGAGGUGGUGACAAUUGAUGGAUAUCAUGAUGUACCAGCCAAUGAUGAACAAAGUCUAUUGAAAGCACUUGCAAACCAACCUUUAAGUGUGGCUAUUGAUGCUUCUGGCAGAGAUUUCCAAUUCUACAGUGGGGGUGUAUUUGAUGGGCAUUGUGGAACAGAGUUAGAUCAUGGGGUUGCAGCAAUUGGAUAUGGAACCACAAAAGGAGCAGAUUAUAUCAUUGUUAAGAAUUCUUGGGGACCAAAAUGGGGAGAGAAAGGUUUCAUUAGAAUGAAGAGAAAUACAGGCAAAGCUGAAGGCAAAUGUGGCAUUAACAAGAUGGUUUCUUUCCCAGUCAAAAAGAAGUGAAAUUUCCACCUUCCAAUUUCCAAAUGUAUUUUCUAAAUGUUUUAUUUCUGAUUGAAGUAUGUUGUUAUCUUUUGAUUAAUCCAGUAAUAAUAUACUAAAACAUUCUAUGUACGAUGUAACGUUUUUAUUGAAUUAAUAUUGGUUGUUCUUGUUUCUUUA